AUGAUGCCUAGUAAAAUGGCAUCAUGUUGGCCCUCCAUCUUAGUUUUCCACCUACUGCUACUCUACUCAGAAAGAAAGACUUUAGGAUGCCCUGCCCGUUGUGAUUGUGCGCCUCAGAUCCGGUCAGUCAUCUGUCACCGCAAGCGACUCACUUCAAUCCCGGAAGGGAUUCCAUCUGAAACAAAACUCUUAGACCUAAGCAAGAACCGCAUACGCUGCCUGAAUCCUGGUGAACUGUCCUCAUACCCACAACUUGAAGAGGUAGAUCUAAGUGAAAAUAUUAUCUCAGUAAUAGAGCCAGGAGCCUUUGCCAAUCUCUUUUAUCUUCAAACCCUUAAAUUGAGAGGCAACCAACUGAAGCUUAUUCCAACUGGAGUGUUUAGCAAACUUAGCAAUCUAACAUUACUUGAUAUCAGUGAAAAUAAAAUUGUCAUUCUCCUAGACUUUAUGUUUCAAGACCUUCGCAAUUUGAAAAGCCUUGAAGUUGGGGACAAUGAAUUGUUGUAUAUUUCACAGAAAGCCUUUUCCGGGUUGACUGGCCUAGAGCAACUGACUAUUGAAAAAUGCAAUCUAACCUCUAUAUCGCCUGACUCACUUUCGUACUUGCAAGGCCUUGAUGUUCUGAAACUGCGUCACUUGGGCAUCAGUUCAUUGGAGGAACAGAAUUUUCAGAAGCUUUAUAACCUCAAAGAACUAGAUAUUGAUUGCUGGCCUUUUUUAGAAGAAGUCUGCCCAACUGCUUUCCAGGGACUAAAUCUUACUUCCCUUUCCAUCACCUAUACCAAUAUCACCUCAGUGCCAGCAGCUGCUCUAAGGAGCCUUACAUAUCUAGAAUAUCUAAAUCUUUCCUACAAUCCUAUUCGAGUCAUCCAGCGAGGCUCCUUCAAAGACCUUAUCAGGCUAAGGGAGCUGCUCAUGGUUGGGGCAUCUCUCACUGUUGUGGAAUCCCAAUCAUUUUAUGGCUUGAGACAGAUUCGUCUGCUGAAUGUCUCCAACAAUCAGCUUUCAACUCUGGAAGAGAGUACUUUCCAGUCAGUGAAUACCCUAGAGACACUGCGAGUAGAUGCCAACCCCCUUGCCUGUGACUGCCGUUUACUAUGGAUUUUGCAAAGAAGGAAAACACUCAAUUUUGAUGGCCACCAGCCUGUUUGCGCUUCCCCUGCUGAAAUCCAAGGCAAUGCAUUAUGCGACUUCCCAGAUUCAAUACUUUUUGAAUACUUUACAUGCCAAAAGCCCAAAAUAAGGGACAGGAAGCUCCAGCAUAUCACAGCUCAUGAAGGACAACCUGUAUCAUUUCACUGUCGGGCUGAUGGGGAGCCUGUUCCUCUCAUUGUCUGGGUCUCGCCGCAGAGAAGGAUGAUUACUAGUAGGAGUGUAGGAAGAUCUACAGUGCUACCAGAGGGUACCCUUGAGAUAAGAUAUGCUCAGGUUCAAGACAGUGGUACAUAUAUAUGUAUUGCCACCAAUGCAGGAGGAAAUGACACCUACUUUGCUACACUGACUGUAAAAGGUGAUAACUCACCAUACGCUAACCGAACACUAUAUCUUGCAGAGUACAAUGACACCUACCACAAUGACACACAUGUUUUUUUGAAGUUUACUUUGGACCUGAAAACAAUCUUAGUAUCAACAGCUAUGGGCUGCAUUACUUUUCUGGGAGUGGUUCUAUUCUGCUUUCUCCUGCUGUUUGUAUGGAGCAGAGGAAGAGGACAGCACAAAAAUAAUUUCUCAGUUGAGUACUCUUUCCGUAAAGUUGAUGCACCUGCCUCUGUUGCAGGACAAGGUGGAGCUAGAAAGUUUAAUAUGAAAAUGAUAUGA